AUGGGUAAAUUGAUAAUCGCUUUCAUAUUAUGCUACAUUAAUUAAACCAAAUAUUGAUAUUUCAUCAUCAUAUCCGAUAUUAGACAAUUGAUCAGACUGGUGCUAAAGAAUUCAUUGUGUGUCUCUUUCCCAAUUAAACAAUUAAUGAGAUAAAAAGUCAAUAAAGUCGAUACUCAAGGACAAAUUUGAUUCAGUAAGGUCUCCGGCACAUCAAUCUGAUGUUUUUACUUUUAUUAAUCAUAGGACAGUUUUAGCCCGUGCGUGUGUCAUUGGAAAUUCGGACAUUUAAUCGUCACUCAUACCUGGACAUACCGAUACUCAUACACCUAAUAGUGGGUAUUUAAAAGCCAGGGAAUCGGACAUUUACAAAACAUAGCAGAAUAUAUCAGCUGAUAGAAACAAAAUGCCUCCUAAAGCUCCAAGUAAAACGGUAAAAACAACAGCUGGUAAAGGAGGCACUGCAGCCAAACCUGCAGCCAAGGCAUCGGCACCCAAAGCUACCGCUAAGGAAUCGGUUAAACCAAAGGCAACCACCGGUAAAGAACCGGCCAAACCAAAGGCCGAAGAAAAACCAGCUGAGGUCGUCCCCGCUACAAAGACGCCAGAGAUGAAAAUCACCGUGAAAGAGAUAGCGGACUUCGUACUUAAUGACACAGAAAAAAUCGUCAAAAAUUCUAAAUGGUUUCCAAUGGUGAUUGACCCCAGUGAAAUUGCUGGAAGAUUUCUACAGUAUAGGGAAUGUACAUACAUAAAUGGCCUAGACCACGCAUUUAUGAAUUCUCCUGACAGAGCCCGAAUAGCGGUACUGGCUGCUCUUAGACAUGGUAAAAAACUUGUGAUAGACAUGAUGGGGACCGAUCUCUAUGAACCUCUGUUUAACGUCAUGGAGCAGGUCCAACCCGGGCUUCUGGAAAGUAUUCUGGAUAAAAGCAUCAUGGAAGAUGAAAAAAUUGAGAAAUUAAUGCGACCAGAAGAUGAUGACAUAUAUAAAGAAAUCUUACAGUUCGGGAUGAAGGAAGAAUUCGGUUUUGUUAUUGUGACCAAUAGUGAGAAACCUAAUGGUUUUACUGACAAAAUGAUGAUAGUCAGAGUGCAGAACUAGUCAUAUAACUUGUUCAAUGGAAAAUAAGUAUUAGCUCAGGUGAAAUCACGACAUGUUCAGUUGAAAAGUUAGUCUGAUUCAACUUGUUCAAACGCAAUAACAUUGUUUUGUAAAUAUACGUGAUGUAUAUUAUAGAUUUGCUGUGUGUAUUUGUUGAUGUUUCUACACGUAGCCAUGUUCAGGGUUGUUAUUGUAUUUCCCCCCCAAAAUAACGCAUACAAAUGAGAGUUAAAGGACACAUAUAUGUAUUAGAAAUAUCUCCGAGGUUCACUGCACGUACGCAAUAUUGGCCAUGGGUUAAACGAAGUCUCCUAUUUAUUAAAAAUAUGUACAUAUAUUUUCUUAAAAGACAAAUGUACCUGCAGUCAACCAAAGGAACCGUUUCAAUACCAUUGAUUCUUUUGUGCAAUAUUAACGUUGUGUAGUAUCAUAGAAGCAAAAUCAUAUCACAGAAGCAAAAUCAUACUGCAAGUUACAAAUAUUUGAAUCGCAUCGCUAAAGUUUUGCUUGUUGGAAGUUGCUUGUUUGAACACAUUUUAUGCAUUUAUAUUUACAAGGGGAAAAAAAACAAAUUUGAAAGCAAAAAAAAAAAAGUUAUAUGUUCUCUGUAUCUUAAAGAAA